GCCGAGCCGGGCCGGGCGGCCGGCGACGAAGCGGAGCCACUCCGGAGCGGGCCGGGCCGCUUUUGUUGUGGGGCGGGCGGGCGAGCCCCGGCCGAGGAGGCGCGCCAUGGCUUCGAGGGCCGGCCACGCCACCCGCCUCCGUGGCUCGCCCAGCCCGGCGACGGAGACGACCCGGGGCGACGUCUAGCGCGCCGCUUCGCCGCCUUUGCUGCAGACGCGCGAUGAUCCCCGCCGGGCCCCGUCGCUGAGGCGCAGGAGCGCUCGGGGCGCGGCGCGGCCAGCCGGGCCUCCCGAAAGAUGAUGCUGAGCCCGGACCAGGCGGCGGACUCGGACCAGCCCUCGUCGGCGCCGUCGGACCCGGAGUCGCUGGAGGCGCGCGGCCUGCGCAGCUGCUGCGCCUCGGACUUGGAGGCGCCCGACGGCGAGGCCCGCCCGCCGCCGCACCCGCCGCAGCCGCUAAGCCGCGAGGAGAAGCGCCGCCGCCGCCGCGCCACGGCCAAGUACCGCUCGGCCCACGCCACCCGCGAGCGCAUCCGCGUGGAGGCCUUCAACCUGGCCUUCGCCGAGCUGCGCAAGCUGCUGCCCACCCUGCCGCCCGACAAGAAGCUCUCCAAGAUCGAGAUCCUGCGCCUGGCCAUCUGCUACAUCUCCUAUCUCAACCACGUCCUCGACGUCUAGCCGGGAACCCCCUACACACACAGGCACCUGCGCCCAGGGGCCGGCGGGCACCGGGGCUGGCAGCGGGCACCUCCUGCAUGGGGUCUGCCUGGCGCGGCUUUGCCUGACGGCUGCCUCCCCUUGCCCGGCUCCUGCCGCCCUCCCCCCAGCCCCGGGGCUGCCCUCUCCCCUGGCAGCGGAUCACUGAAAUCCCGACAGGACAGGAGCUGGGCAGAGAUGCCUUGGCUUUCAGCUGGUGCCUUAAAGGGCUUUCCCGAGUCGGGCCCUCCCCAGAAGCUUGAAAUGCCCCCAGCAGCUGCGAGGAGACCCUGGCGAGGAAGGAAGGUGCGUGUCUCCUCUUUCCCCCCACUCCUCCUCCUUCGGCGGCAGGCUGCAUCAAGUGCCCCUUUCUCAAGAUCCAAAAGCAAAGCAACGCUCAUUUCCUUGUGCCCUUAAACAUGUGACCCGGGAGUGACGUUCCAAAUAACUAUUUAUUUUUUAAUUUAAGGUAGAAGGAGUCGAUUAUUUAUUUAUUUUUUCCCACUGAGGCUAUUUUUUAAUUUUGGAGAGUGGUGAUCAUGUUGCAGUAAGGACUUUGUGCCAACCGGUUUUCGAUAGUCGCGUGUUUACAUUUCUCUUUUUCGGUGGAAUAAUUGUUUGACUUUGGAAGUGUUUGCCUGGGGAGCUGCCUGUCGGUUUCUUUUGGGCUCUGGUUUAUUGCACUUCUUCCCUGUUUCUAAGCGUAUUUUAUAUAUUCCGACUUUGUCCUUGAGAUUUUUCCUUUCUUUGGUGUGUGGAUUCAAAAUACUAGCACUUCACUUGAAGCUCGAUUUGGUUUGUUGGGUUAUUUUUAAUUCGUGUUGUUGUCGUUAUGAGCUGUAAUUCUGUCUUUCAAAAGUAUUUUGCAAACUAUUUAUAAGGGAAGUAGUUUUGUCUGUCUGUGAGUGUGUGCGUAUGUGUGUGAGUUUUUACAAUAUUUUUUUUAAGGGGAAAAAAACCAGGACUACUUUCCUUUUUGACAACCAAAAAAAUGUACAACCAGAAAAUGUUUCAUGCUCUUUUUUGCUGUGAAUCUCUCGAAACAAAAGGUGUGUUUUAGAGAAUGGGGAAAAAAGAGAAUACAUCUGUUAUCCAAAGAUUUUAGUCUUUUUCAGGGUUUUUUGUGUGUGUAUGUUGCUUUGUAUAAGGCAAUAUUUUGUAGUGAAAAUAGAAGAAUCUGGUUUCUAUCAGGAGCAGUUUUCAUAUCUCAUGAAUGGUGCACUGUUUUGCAUAUAAAUAAAAGUAUCC